AUGGUGCAACUAGUGGACGACCCCGCCUGCAUCUACGGCCCCGCAACCAACGACACCACCUUCGCCGGCGCCCUCGGUUCCUACCACACCGCCGUCCGCGCCUGCAACGGCGUCAACUACCGCGCCUUCUCCCUGUCCGCCGCGUUCGCAAACCUCCUCAUCGGGCUUGUCACAACCUUCUACUGCUACCGUUUCUUACCCCACCGCCGAACGCCUUACAACAUCGGAACGCUCCUCAUGCCGGGUUUGGCUGUCUGUGGAGGCGUGAUCGAGGUCGUCAACGCUUUCACUUGGUCGCAGUUCUGGGGACAUCCCGAUGUAGGCCACGUUGCAAAGAUCUUUUAUUUCGCAGCUUCUUUGACGGCGGCGUUGGUCCAGAGUUAUCGCAUCGAUGUGAUUUUACUCGUUACGGGGAAGCCGAGGGUUUGGGCGAAAGUGGCGGUUGUGCUGCAUACGAUUUUGGGCGCGAUCUGUGGAGCGGUCUCGGUUGUGAUGUGGUUUAUAGGCGCUCAUGGGAAGAAGCCUUUGAUUAGUUAUUCUUAUCCAUACGCCUUCUACCUAACGUACGUAGCCUGCCUCGACACGGUCCUCUCCCUCCUCCUCCUCCGUCUCUUCUACAAACACACCGCCCUCGUCCGCUCCUACGACAAACUCACCCUGGCGGACGUCAAACUCUAUUCCCAACGGUUCCAAUUCGCCGCCAUCGGCCAACUCUUCGUGCUCAUCAUCUCCGCGGCGUUGUACUUGCUGUCGAGCGGGACGAACACGAUGGGAUACUCGUUUGGGACGUUGAGCAGUUUGUCGGUGCCGGCUGCGAUGGCGAUCAUGGUGUUUUCGAUAUUUACGUUGCAGGGGAUGGAGAGGAGGCGGACGGGAGGGAGUAGUGUGGCGAGGACGGGGUUGAGUACGGGGUUGAGGACGGCGGAGGGGCCGGGGAAACGGAGUUCCCUGGGGAGUUCCACCGCGGGACUGACAACAAAACCGUCAUUAACAAGAACGGAGUCAUUGGGCCACAAGCCGUCUCUAAUACGACCAGAACCCGUAUUGUCCCCCGACCACCCAUGA